AUGCAGGAUUGGGGCGCGGCAGGGAGCCCGCUGCGGCACCUGGACGUCGAGAUCUAUGAGGACAAUCAUCACCAACCUAUUAAUGGGACGAUCGCAGCUGAGAAAAUCCAAGGUCUGCGCGUCAGUUCUUUUGCUCGAUGCCGCACGUUCUUAUACUCAGACGCUCUCACUUCACUCUCCCUCUAUCACGAUUGUGCGAGCAAUGUCGUCUUCGAGUCCUCGUUCUCAGAAGCCCUAUUCACUUGCCGGAAUACUUUAGAAUAUUUGACUAUCGAUGCCGGUGGGGCGUCUUUCGAGUCCUUGCAGCCCGUCCUUCUACCCCAACUGCACUUCCUUCGAGUACUCGCGCCCGAGGCGACGGGCGGCGAAUUCAUGCGUUCCCUUACCCUGCCCGCCAACAUCGACCUCCACCUCGAACCAGUCGUUAAGUGGAGGCGUCUGUGCAAGUCAAGGAUGGUGCGCCGGGCUCCGUUUGAAGUGCCAUACGAAGUGUUGGAGUUGGAGGCGACGAAUACUGAGGGGUCAGAGUUCUCUCAGUACGCCAGUGCGCUCGCAGCACCGGACCAGACCGCCACCUCGAUCUUUCAUUGGCUCCCUCCCGCUCGCAAUCCCUCUCAACAGCUCUGGCUGUCUCUAUUCGCCAUUGGCAUUGAUAUCCGUCUUGAUCCCUCGAUACCUAAGGGGCGCCGGGUCGCCGGGUACUUUCCCGAGCUCACGGCCGUCGUCUUCGCCUCCUCUCCUACACAAUUGCACCGCCUUUUGCAGGAUCCCUGCGGUCGGGAUUGGGGAGGAAGCGAGCCCAUGCAUAGCAAACAAUAUACCCGCCGGUCCAUCACCGCCCGCGACGGAGACCUUCUGGCAGAGGAGCGACGCGGCGAUCUGAACACCGCAAUGCCGAAAGCUUUAUACGAUAGUAUUCGGUACACCAUUUGCGCCGCUCUAGCGACAAGACAAAACAACGCCGCUGUCCGCGAGCAGCUCGAGUUUGCUCCCGAGUCUUGGCUGCCGGACCGCUCCUUGGGGUACGCGCAUAUUCUCGACAAUUUCGGCGGUCUCAGGGUGAUCCGCUUCACCAGUCCUUGGCUUGAGCCCGACGCGCCAUUCCAUCAGGGGAUGCAGGGCCAACUGGCGUUUAGUCAUCUGCACGCCUUUGGGAUCUAUCUUAACACGCCGUGCGAGGGGCAGUCGUAUCCGUGCCCUUUGCUUGAAACCGUACUCCUACCUCCGGUCUUGGACGGGAUUGAGCGAUCCUCAACCUCCUGGUGUCAGGGCUGGGGGAUGGCAUUCAAUUCCCCUGAGCGCCUUGGCUCUGGCUUGCGACGCAUUGAAGUCGGCGAUGCUACCAUCCCCUAA